AUGGCCAAGGAAGUAGUUAGGGUAGAGGACGUAGAGUGUUCGUUGACCCAAGACAGGCUGAGUGAGUUGGAGAGCUAUUACAGCCUUACGGCCGUAAACCCCACAUUACCGGAAGGCCAUGAGAGAGCCAACACUCCUCCUCUGGGAAAGAUUACGAUUUACGAGAAGUUUUUGGAAUACGGAUUGCAUUUCCCCUUGAUGCCUAUGUUUAGGAAGAUUGUAGAGGCUUAUGGUCGACCCCUGGCCCAAUACACCCCGAAUCUUAUAACCAUAGUCCUGGCCUUCGUACACGUGUGCAACAAGAUGGGGGUGGAACCAGACGUUUUCUUGUUCAGGUGCUUCUACAAGCUCGUCCGAUGCGGGAAGAGCUUUCCCAGAUGGUUCAGCUUCACCAAGAAUCCGCAUGGACCCUCCAAGGAGUUGGUAGCAAAGAAUGAGAGUUCCAAACACUGGAGGUCAGGAUUCUUCUACGUGGAUGCGAACUUUGUCUCCCUGUUUCCGUGGAUAUCGGACGAGGGAGGGACAAUCAGCUUGGAUCCGUGGACCAAGAAGGAUAAGAAAGAUAUUGAAACCCGGAGGAGGGACUUGGAGAAAUUAGCCGGCUGGAAGAAGACCUAUACCUAUAGGCAAAUCGCGUUGCUAAGCGACCGGAUCAGCACUCGUAAUCAAGACGAGGAAGAGCAGCACGCCGAAGAAGGGCCACAAGAGGUCGCCCCACCUGAGACAGGGGCAGCGUCCUCCGGGCAGGCGACGAGGACGCCCAUCGAGAGUUCAGGGAUGGGGAACUCCUCCGGCCGACCCUCAGGUCACUUGAAGAGGAAAAGGGAAGUCCCGGAGGUCGUGGAGGUGGAUCCGCUGUCCUUCAGCCUCCCAGCGAUCCAUGAGUUAUCUUCCCUCGACGACCUCCUGAAGGAAGGAUACGCAGAUCCGGGUCGGGAUACCGAUUUAUUUGAGGACGUACCCGCGGGCCACGCUCUACUAACCUUCGACCCUCCUCGGGUCGAAUGCCCGGAGUUACGCGAGGCCGAAGCAGCGAGGCUGGAGGACGGCAUGAGACAGGGCCAGAGAUGCGGAGGUCAUGUUCAAGGCCUCGGAAGGGAAAAGAGCGCGUCUGGAAUAGGAAAGGAAGCGCUUGGAAGAGGAGGUUGCGAGGAUGAAGGCACAGCUCGAGGAUGCGGAGCUGACCCACCGUCUUCAGAUGGAAAGUUUGCUGGCCACGAGUGUCCCGAAGUCCCGACUGGACACCAGAUUUCCGAAGCCUACGCCUUCGUUUCGAAGCCCGAGGACAUCCUGAACAUUCCAGGUAGUCCCUCGUUCGUCUUUCAGAUGCCGAGGGGGACGGAAACGCCUCCCAGCAUGCCACCGGGACUGGACGACGAACCAGAGAUAGUUGCAUCCGCGCCUCCACCCCAAGGGUACAACUCCGGCAACCGAGGAGGAGGAGGAACGUCAACGGACACCAACGCCCGCAGCAGAGACAAGGGGAAGGGCACGACUUCGGACUUCCCCUCUCAUCCUGACGGCACCUCUCGAGGGUUGCCCGCGACCCUGGGUCUUUGGGAAACUUCAGGGAUUCUGUGGAUCGACUUGCAGUUGCCCGACCCUCACCAUGACCCUACAGCCUUUCCACUUUACGCGGCCGUAGGAGGGGCCUUGGCGGAUCCGAACGUUGAUAGGGGCCGGGGACGACUGUCAGGUCUCGAAGGACAACUCGAAGAGGCUUUGCAAACCUUCAGGGCCUCGGAGUUGGACGAGGCACGUAAGGCCGUUCUCGAGGCGAAGGCUGAGAACAACCGGUUGGACAAGUUAUGGCGGGAUACGGAGGAUUAUUGGGAAGACCACCUAAAGAAUUCCAUACAAUUGCAAAUGUUGGCUAACAAUCGCCUUCGGACAUUCGAAGCCAAGAUACGGAGGAAGAAGGACGAGGGUUUAGCCAAACCCGACCCAGAAGAUUUUAUCCCCCGUAACUACUUUGAGAGCGUGCUGGGUUGUGGAGGCCGUCAGGGUGCAGCAGGCCGCGGAGGCCAUGCUGGUGCCGUCGGCCACUGGGGUCGAGACGGCUUUGUAAAUGCUCCAGGUAGGCGACGAGGACGCUCGUCGAGAGUUCCAGGAGGGGGAACUCCUCCGGCCGACCCUCAGGAAAGGAAGCGCUUGGAAGAGGAGGUUGCGAGGAUGAAGGCACAGCUCGAUGAUGCGGAGCUGACCCACCGCCUUCAGAUGGAAAGUUUGCUGGCCACGAGUGUCCCGAAGUCCCGACUGGACACGUACAUCUUGGCGGGGGUCCAGCGGUACCUGGGGUCGUCCGAGUUCGCCCUCGGAAUAAACGAUGUUAUGGACCCUGCUAUGGAAAGGGGGGCGAGGAAGGUCGUCUUGGAAAUUGAGGCGGCCCAGAAGAAGAAUGAGGACAUCUGGCCCGUCCUCGAAAAGUAUGCUGACAGGGACAAGAAAGGAAAGACAUCCGCGGUGCGAUUCCGGUGCAAGGCCCGGAAACACUUCCGGGAUAUGGAUUUUGCCAGUCUCCCUAUUAUGCAGCAGAUUUCCGAAGCCUACGCCUUCGUUUCGAAGCCCGAGGACAUCCUGAACAUUCCAGGUCUUGAAGGACAACUCGAAGAGGCUUUGCAAACCUUCAGGGCCUCGGAGUUGGACGAGGCACGUAAGGCCGUUCUCGAGGAGAAGGCUGAGAACAACCGGUUGGACAAGUUAUGGCGGGAUACGGAGGAUUAUUGGGAAGACCACCUAAAGAAUUCCAUACAAUUGCAAAUGUUGGCUAACAAUCGCCUUCGGACAUUCGAAGCCAAGAUACGGAGGAAGAAGGACGAGGGUUUAGCCAAACCCGACCCAGAAGAUUUUAUCCCCCGUAACUACUUUGAGAGCGUGCUGGUACACCUCCGGAAGGCUUACGCCUUGGUUGCUGUGAAGUGGGAUCGUUCUUUUGAUAAGAUUGAGGCUCUUCGGUCAUAUGCCGGUCAGCUUUGGGCAGCUUUGGAAAGCGCGAUAUCCUUCAUCAUGGAGACGGGGAAGGAGUAUGACUUCGCAGCAUUGUGGCCCGAACCUUGUCCAGCUAUGCGAGACGAGCCCACUUCUCCGACUCGUGAGGCCGAACGCUUGAUAUAUGAGAACGAUGCUUUGUUCUUUGAGUUGGGUCAGGGGUGUUCAGUUGAAUCGUACCUGACGGAAGGUCGUGGGGCCCCUCCGCAUUCUAUAAUCUGCGGACACCGGGUGUCGGCGCUUUGUUUUGGACGGCCAUGCAGUUCCCCUAGGGUUGUGGAGGCCGUCAGGGUGCAGCAGGUCGCGGAGGCCACGCGGUGCCGUCGGCCACUGGGGUCGAGACGGCUUUGUAAAUGCCCCAAGGUGCGGAGACCGUCAGAGUGCCGCAGGCCGCAGAGGCCACGCGGUGCCGUCGGCUACUGGGGUGGAGACGGCUUUGUAAAUGCCCCAAGGUCACGGGGACCGUCGGGGUGCCGCAGGCCGCGGAGGCCAUGCUAUGCCGUCGGCCACUGGGGUCGAGACGGCUUUGUAAAUGCCCCAAGGUCGCGGAGACCAUCGGGGUGCCGCAGGCUGCGGAGGCCACGCGGUGCCGUCGGCCACUAG